GAAUACCGCCACGCUCGGAGCGGUAGCCUCAACGUCGCCAACGGCUCACAGUCCAAUUCCAUGGCACCCGCUCCCCGCUUCGAUGGGCCCCGAAGCCCUCCGAACACGUCCCACGUACCUUGCAAGUUCUUUCGUCAGGGCGCCUGUCAGGCUGGCAAUGCCUGUCCCUUCAGCCACGAUCUGAGCACCGCUGCCGAGAACGUCUGCAAAUACUUUGCAAAGGGAAACUGCAAGUUUGGACCCAAGUGUGCCAACAUCCACGUCCUCCCCGAUGGCAGACGCAUCAACUACGGCAAGAAUGGCGUCACGAUAGGUGCAGCUCCAGCUCUCGCAGGACGUUCCAACCCCACAUCCUCGAGCAACAAUCAGUCCUCGACCAGCGCUCUUACCACUUCUCUCUACCACGCCGACGCGCCCUCGUAUACUCCAGCCUACCCUUAUGAUGAACAGGAACAGCCCUCCUUAGGCCGUCAGCCCAGCCUCGAGAAUGGCCUUCCCACUAUCGACAUGUCCUACACUGGAUCCAACUACGGCUCUCCCCGAGACGAAGAUACUGUGCGCUUUGGGUUUGGACUAUCCCCCGUCAACAAAGGCCUAUCCGUCUUGGACGCUCCUCUUCCCGCCUCUUUCGAUUCAAAUGGCAUCUCCAAUGCUGCCCGAUUUCCCGCAGCUCCUUGGCCCUCCUCCGUCCCGUCCCAAUUCGGUAUCGAAUCUCCUACGCCAUCGCUUAGCAACGCCAAGGACUCUCGCACUUCUGAAACCCUGAAGCUGCUUCACACCUCCGCUUUUGGCUCCUCUGAACACCUCCUUGCGCCGUUGGAUAGAAGCCCACCCAAUUCUCACGCCAAUGGCGAAGAGUAUUUUGGCAAGCGAGCCAUGCACUCGUCUCGCUUCGCCAAGCCCAGGAUGCUCAGUUCCAGCAUGCCUAAGACGUCUGUUGAUCGAGACUGGGAGCCUGGGUUCGCUUUCGGCGAUGAUGAUGAUAAUCUUCCUGAAAACUACGUGCCGGAAAAUCUGCAGGAUCUCUUGACCCCUGUCGAAAAGGCCCGAAGAGGCUCAAUGCGAGCCGAUAGCGAGGUUGACGGACUGAGCAAGUAUGGCAGCCCCAUUGGAACCAGCCCCAGUCGAUGGGGGCCCAUGUUCCAACGACAGAAGGAAGAGGAGGAAACCUCUCGAUCUCUCCGAGGAGCGUCGGCGUUUGGUCAUGUGGGAAGCCCCCUGCGUAACUCGGUGCUCGCCCAAGAGAUGGGUGGCACCAAUGGCUUCAACCGUCCUUCAUCGCUACGAUCCGGCAGCGAGGCCAUGUCGAUGCUGUCUCAACAACUCCAGCGCAGCCGUCUAGAUGACGCUACCGGCAACGGCAGUCCUCUUCUCCACCCCUCAACUGCCCGAACCGGCAAUGCCAUCAGCCCCAUCAGCCCCAUUGGCAAGGAGCGAGUUAUGGAACGCCAUGUCUCGAGCGGUAGCAUCAGCUCGUCCAUGAACGGACGGUUCACCACGCGCAUCAACGAGGACGAUGAAAUGUUCCAGAUGGAUGGCAUGGAGGACGAUAGUGAGGCCUCUACCUCGAAGGCUUCCAAGCGUGCCUCGGCAGGCCUGGGCAUGGGUGGUGUCUGGGGCAGCUAUGCAGGUGUCGUUGCCGGCAAGUCGUCGACCAAUGGA